GCAACAAGCGUCGAGUGCUGCGGCGGCGGCGGCGCUUUCUCCAACUGUGAAGGAGAAGAGAAGUGAAGGCUCAAGCGUCGCUCAUCACUUCACCGCCUCUCUCCUCGCCUCGCAACCUGAGGCAACGAUGUCAGCUGAGUCGAAAGAAGAGCAGGACUUGUUGAUCACGCUGUGUCUCAAGUACUUGCUGUUUCUUUUCAACUGUCUCUUCUGGCUGGGUGGUGCCGCUGUCCUAGGAGUGGGUGUGUGGACUCUGGCGGAGAAGAGUCAGUACUUGAGUCUGCUGGCCUCCGGCACUUUCUCUGCCUCAGCGUCCAUCCUGGUGGUGGCUGGAGGGCUGGUGGUGGUGACCGGCUUCCUGGGUUACUGCGCCGUCAUCCGAGAGCACAGAAGCUGCCUGUCCACGUAUUUCUGUGUGCUGCUGCUGAUCUUCUUGAUUGAACUGGUCGCUGGAGUGUUGGCUUAUGUGUAUUACCAGAGGCUGAGCCAGGAGCUGAAGCAGCAUCUGAGCCGGACCAUGACGGAGAACUACCACCAGCCUGGGAAGGAGGCCAUCACCCUGGCAGUGGACGAGCUGCAGCAGGACCUCAAGUGCUGCGGCAGCAACAACUCUCAGGACUGGGCUUCCAGUGUGUACGUGGCGACGGGUCAGGCGGAGGGCAGAGUGGUGCCCGACAGCUGCUGCAAGACCGUCACCCCUCACUGCGGCAGGAGGCACCACCCGUCCAACAUCUACAAGGUGGAGGGCGGCUGCAUCACCAAGCUGGAGCAGUUUCUGGCCGAACACUUGCAGAUCAUCGGAGCUGUGGGCGUCGGAGUGGCCUGUCUGCAGCUGAUGGGGGCAGCACUCACCGCCUGCUUCGUCUAUUUGCUCUAUAAAGAAGAGGAGGCAGAGUUGUGAGCCUUGACUCGUCCAGAGAGACCAGGUCUGAGAUCUGUGGGAUGGUGUUCACCUGCUGCCUCUUUUCAAGGAUGGAACCAUCUACUCUUCACUCCGUCAGCUGACUUGGUCUUGUGCACGAGCAUGGACCACGUCGCCGUUACUAUGACACCAAACGGCAGUCGUGCUGCGAACUUCAAAGCUUAUUAUUCCUGAAUGCCUGAAUGUGCCUGAUAUGAGGACUUUUAUAAUCUAUUGUUAUGAUACACAUUGUCCGAAAUAACACGAUUACUGUUUUAAUGCAACUGUAAUGUGACCAUGUUGAGUAUAACUAUCCCCACAAAGAGGAUUUUUGGCGCCAUCUUCUGGUUGACUUGAUCAUUACGUCCCCAAACUUCUACGCCGCUUUUCUUUUGACCAUAAAACGUCGCUUGUCUGGCGUCAUUGCGGAGCCAUGACCUCGACCAUUACCGGCUUCAAGCUACUUGUAAAACUGUCCUGGUAUUUACAGUUGAUAUUUCAGUUAAUACCGUGUUCUUGAGCUGUUUUCACGUGCCAUUACCGUCCUGUGCUGCCUUUGUGAUGCGCCGCAGGCAGCCUACUGGUCUCCCCUGCUCUCGACACUCUACUGUACUGUACUCUACUGCACGUUAAUAUCCAAUGGAUGUGGCUUAUUGGCGUUCCAUUUCAGUCGGUGGAAACACUAAGGUAAAUAUAGCUGUCAGGGUGAGAAACGCAUGGCAGACCAAAUUACAUUUUGCCACCUGGCUCUUGCCGUCGUGGUCAUUUUCGUACACCGCUACACGGUGUUAUUUGUUAAAUAAAGCACUUCACUGUCACAGUUUGGCUCCUGUCCACUUCACUGGUGAUCUCCAUCCCUUGAUUAUGCUUGUAGCAGAGUAGUACCUGGGCCACCUCUCCUGGCUUCUGAGGACAUGGGAGACAAGUGGAUGUACUGUCCCUCACUUGAGAACAAGACCCCAAGAUACUUCAGUUCCCGUCCUGUUUUCCCAGAGAGAACCAUGGACUCGGAUUUAGCUGAGGUGAUUUCUGCCGGCUCCGCAUGUGACUACAACCACGCAUGUUUUUGAAGAGCAGCCUGCGUGAUGCCAUUGUUUUGUGGCCCAGCUCUACUAAUGCGUAACCCCAUCCAUAGCUUUCCAGCUCACUGGCCGUGUUUUCACACACAUGUGGGAGUGUUUUCCUGGGGCGGAGAACAUGGCCAAGUCCUUUAUCUGUGUGAGGUCUGACAACUUUUCAGCAGAACAAUGCUGUCUGAGCUUUUCAGCUUGAAACUGCACCUGGUCCUGAUGCAGUUCCAGUGACCAUGUGGUCUACUGUCCAGUCGAGCAAGGUCUUCAGGGAGCUAGCACGUCCAUUGUUUACUAUUGUUUCCGACAUAUUGUUUCCAUAUGAGAUAAACAGAUGACACAAGCAGGAAAACGGCGCUUUGAAGCGCUGGAGAGCUGCUCUCUGUUUCUCCUCAGAAGGAGGAGGACGAUGUGAUUUCCUGCAGAUGUAGCAUGUUGUGUCAUACAUAAC